UGCCCGCUACCAAUGUAAGUUAGAUAUAACUUUAUUAUUAUGUUUUAUUAUUUCGUCACGAUAUUUAGCGAAUGAUAGGUAUCCUAAUUUUAGCCGUUGUAUGUAAUUAAUUGUAGCCGCGAAUUUAUUAUGCUAGCCGAAUUACAGUCCAUACGCGACAGAUUAAAUAAAUUAAGAGAAGAUAUUGUAAAGUUAGGUCCAGACAGGCGACGGAAAGAAAUAGGUAGGAAGAAACUAGACGAAUCAAACGAAUUAUAUAAUCGCGCGGCGGAUAUUGUGUCUCAGUUACAGGAGCAAACGGAAAAGUAUAAAGCUUCAGAAUUAGAGUUAGCUAAUACGCAUAUAAACGAUAUUGCCGACACUUACAGUAGGAUAAAGAUAGCGUUAAAUUAUUUUGAUACAGAAUCACAAACAGAGGAAAAAAUGGCUAAGCCCAGUUUUGAUGUCAAGACGGCCAUCGCCUUGUUGCCCGUCAUGACGGGGCAGGAGGAUACCACUAAGCAGUUGAUAGACGGCAUUCUAAUGUACAGUUCCAUUAUUAAUAGCGAAACUCAACAGGUUUUAAUAGAGUUCGUCCUGAAAACAAGACUCUCAUCUAGCGCUAAGCUCAGAUUAAAGACGUCAUAUACUAGCGUAGAAUUACUUAUCGCGGAUAUGCGUACAUUCUUACUACCUAAAAAAUCGUCCGAAUCGAUUCAGGCUCAACUGUACAGAGCUAGGCAAGGUAGGAGAACUAUAGAGGCAUUCGGAGCCGAGAUCGAGGAUCUUUUUGUCAAUCUGACCAUAUCCCAGGCCGACGGUAACGAUAGCAGGUACGAUGUACUUCGUCCACUGAACGAGAAAUCAGCCAUUAAACGGUUUGCAGACGGUUUAGCAGAUCCCAAGUUAAGUACCAUAAUAUCAUCUAGGCAAUUUACGUCACUGCCCGAAGCGAUCAGGACGGCCAUUGACGAGCACAGUUCAUCACCACGACAGGAUCAGGUCCUACAUUAUGGGAGCGGACAUUCCCGUAAUAAUUACGGGAACCGGAAUGCCCACUCUGCGCGUUACAAUAGGAAUAGGGGUAGAAAUUUUAACGCAGGCGACAAGCUUACUACAACAAACUUGCUGGAGCACAAAAUUAACUUAAAAGAAAAUGCCAGCCCAGUAUACGUAAAGCCUUACAGGAUACCACACGCCUUACGCAAAGAACUCCAAACUCAGAUCCAAGAUAUGCUAGACAACGACAUAAUUGAAGAGACUACUUCCGAGUGGUCCAGUCCAGUUUUGCGUGUUCCCAAAAAGAGUGAUAAGUUAGGAGAAAAGAAAUGGAGAUUAGUUGUCGACUAUAGGCAACUAAAUAAUAAAAUACAGGAUGAUAAAUUCCCAUUGCCCAACAUAACAGAAAUAUUAGAUUCCCUAGCAGGAUCAGUCUGCAACGCAUGUUCUGGUUCCCCUCGGCAGGUAAGCGCGCAGGGCUCAGCGUCAUCUCCAUGGGCUCGCCAGGGGAACAACUCGGCACCGUUCAGUUUGAAGUGCAUGCUGCGGCUCCCCACGACAGGUAAGCACGCACGGCUCGGCGUCAUCUCGGUGCGCGCGCCAGUGAAACAGCUCGCCGCCGUUCAGUCUGCAACGCAUGUUGUUGUUCCCCUGGGCACGGCUCAGCUCAUCUCCAUGGGCUCGCCAGGGGAACAACUCACCGCCGUAAGGUGCUGCGCAUUGCUGCUCUCGCCAUAUGUCUUCUUCUAA